AUGAUGGCCGCCACGACCCCCUCUUCCCCCCCUACUACGGCCCCAACAGCCUUAUCGCCCGUGGACUGCUACACCUGUCGCCGCCGUCGCGUCAGGUGUGAUCGUGUGCUCCCCGGUUGUGCGAAAUGCGCCCGGACGCAGUUGGACUGUCUGGGUUACAAGAAACCGCUUGUGUGGAACAAAGGGGUGGCAAGCAGGGGAAAAAUGAUGGGCAAGACAUUUCCUGUACCUGCCACUCCACCACAACAGCAGCAGCCUCAACAGCAACCACAACCGCAGCCGCAGUCAAAGUCGUCGUCGGCGCAACCAAGAUCAAAGGAGAGGCAGAAACAGACCCCACGACGCAGCAUAGUGCUUGUCGAGCCGCGCGUGGCUGCUGCAGAAAUCGAAGUUGGCCGCCCGGGGUCGGUUUUGUCGGGCACGUCGGAGGAGGACGAGGAAGAGGAGGAGAUUGCACUGGUUGCGCGGCCGGCGCGAAAUGUAAAGUACACACUGUCGCCUUUCAACCCGUCGUUUUUUGGGGAUCUGGACGCAACUGGUCGAUAUUAUCUAUCUUAUUUCGAUGAAAGAGUCUGUCGUGAUUUUAUCUUGUUUGAGCGAUAUGGCGAUAAUCCAUAUCGGAACCUACUGCCUAUGGCUGCUCAGAAUCCGCCAUUUCUACAUGCAGCUCUGGCAGUCGCUGCACGGCAUCACAGCAACAAUUGCAACUUCCCAGAAACUCAUGCGUUGAUAUACAAGGGCCGGGCAUAUAAACACCUCUCCCAUGCCCUGCAGACGCAAACAUGUGGCGGCAAGAUCGUGACGGAGCCUGUUCUCGCAGCAAUGUUACUGUUCCUUUUUUUCGAAGCCCUAGAUUCGGGAAUGAAUACCUGGAAAAUCCACCUCCGCGCCGCUCGACGACUGAUCCAGCUCAGCGGCGGAAUGAAGGGCAUCAAAGGCGGCAUGUCUUCAAUGCUCUCCGUCCUUAUAACCCACGUCGCAGCUAUCGACAUCAUUGGCCGUAGUCUGGCAUUCUCUGGCCCCGAGAGCGAUUACCAGCCAUGGGGAAGCUCUCUCUCAGAGGUCUUUACAUCUCUCAAAGAGGCUGAGGACUACUCCUUCCUUGGAUGUCCUGCUGAGCUCCUCCAAAUUAUCCUGUGUAUCACCCUGCUCAAUAACCAAUCUCGACAGUCAGCAGCGGGGAUCACAACCAUUGCCACUACAGACGUAUCGGACACGAACUUCAUCCCCUCCGCCGAAACACUUAUGACACGCAUUAACGCUUUCGACCCUGCAAACUGGAUCAAAACCAGCAUGCCUAAUAUGAAGCUCCAAGCAAAGCUCUCCGUCGCCGAGAUAAAGCCACAAGAGCUCUUUCACCACGUCUCGGCGUACAAAUGCGCCGUACACCUCUUUGCGGCCCAGGUGCUGUCGCCGCCGCUACCACCGCUGGCGCAGGCCGAACUGAUGGAGAUGACGAAUAGACUGAUUGCACAUAUUGGGCAUAUCGCCCCAGGUAGUGUGCUGUAUAAGGGUGCGGUCUGGCCGGUGUUCCUGGCAGGGACAGGGGCCAUGGAGGAGGGGCAAAGGGAGUUUGUCAGGGGCGCCUUGAGGAAUAUUUGGAGUGUUCUUCCGCAGUUCAAUAUCAAGAAUGCGGGGAACUUAUUGGAGGAGAUGUGGAAGGAUAGUGAUAGGGAAAAGGUGAGAGGUGGCGGAGGGGAGGGGAGGGAUUGGAAAAAGAGGUUGGAGAGUGGCGGGAUUGACUGGUUGUUUAUAUAG